AAAAAUGGUACGAAUUUGCUUGAGUACGAAUUAUAUUUGGUGCGAUUUAAUAAAAAAUGUCUGAGCCAAAGAAGACGCAAGAACCAAGUUUGCUCAGCAAAUUAAUGAGGAGAGAGACUUAUGGCUCAGAUCAAUGUCAUAGAAAGGCAAGACCACAAAGGUUGUUCAAAAAGAUUCCAAAAAGGCUUUGUUUCAGGUUGUCUGGACUGGUCUCACAGUCUGUCUUAGAGGAAGGACAUGUUUUUCUUGGAUUUACAAAGUGUGGACAGUUUGUUGUAUCAUAUACAUGUCAAAUGGAUGCAGAAGAGCAAAGUGGUUUGCCAUUCUACAUGUACAAAUUACAAUGGUGGUGGUUUGUCCCAAGUAAACCACUAGUAAAGGUGUCAGAGGUCCAAUUGUUUGGUGAGCAAGACAUCUUACAGGAUUUAUAUAUAUUGUUUUGUGAGUGGCCGGAAGACCACUCUAUGGCACUAGUGUUUGGGCACAGUUUACCAAGCAGGGACCAAGAAAGUUGUCAGUGUUAUCUGACAUUAACAUCAUUUCCACCUCUCACACCAUGUAAACCAUGCAAGGAAUUGCAAUCUGGACCAGAUGACAACACGAUGUGUCUGAAGCACAGUUUCUGUUUUCACACAAAAUACGAGCUUACACCACCAUUUCCUGUCUUCACACCAAGAGUUCAGUUAAAAUACGACGGUCAAGUCAUUCUGAACACUGGAGAUUCAAUUGUUGCCCUCCACAUAGACAUGGACGGUAUUGAAAUCAACCCAAAGAGGUCAAUUAAUGAAAGUCCUUUAGUAUUCAAAGCAAAGGAGAAUGUAAACAGUGAAAAGAACAAGGAGAUGGUGUGUACGUCUCCUGAACCGAAUAAAGAAUUUAUUUGGAAUGCUGGUGCUUUUUACACUUCUGUGCCUUUGAGUUUUGAUGGUUGUGCUCAAGAGAAGCAGUUUAAUGCUACAAAUAUGAAAAGUGAAGUCAGUAAUGCAGCAGGAGGCGAAACCGUCUUCGGAGUUUGCCGGGAAUCUCAGAAAGAAAAUACAUCGAGCAGCAAGACUGAUAUGACUGGUAGGCUGGAUCGUCUCAAAUGUCCCAAGUCGCCAAAAAAUAUGUUGUCUCAAAAUCAAAGAAGUCCUAUUCAUCCGAGUGACAAAUGGUUCGAGUGUCAAACACUGCCUAAACCUACCUCACCUUCACAAAAUGUUCCAUCCCAGUCAACUAGUCGUCGUGUACGUGCUGGCACCAGCACCACAGACAUACAUAUGUCAAAAGACUUGUACAAUUUUGACUCGGAUGAUAGUGAAGAUAACAGCUAUAGUUUUAUGUGUCCCAGCGUGCCAAAAGUAGCUGUGAAAACUAAAAGUACAGGUGGAGCGGAGGUACUUUCUCAUCCCCAUAAUCUUGUGAUAUCACCAAGUGUUCAUUUACAACGACAGUUUGCAUUUAGUGGAAACAAAGCUAGUCCAUUACUCAAUAAUAGUCAAGCACUGAACUGCCCCAUCAAUAACGAAAGUCCGAGACAAACUUUAGAGUAUGUUUUAGCCGCUCGUGGAAUUCAGAGAUCAUUUUUCUCUCCAAGCAACAGUGAGAAUAGUUUCGGAGGCACAAGUAGUAGUGCUGAUAGUGUCAUUGUUCAAAUAAAUGAUGCAAGAACUGUAACUCAUUCCUGGAGAAAAUUUUCAUAUCAUGGUGAUACAGCUGUUGACUCAACACUUGUUAUAGAAGAUGAUUUUGACUUGACAUAUAGGAGUGUUUUACCUGCAGAGAUUCGGGGUACAAAAAAUCGGAAAUUAGCACUUAGUCUUGAUCCUUGUAAUGAUGGAAAUAAGGAACAAAUAUGUGUAAAGCAAAUGACAUUUGACAUAGAACACUACAUGGAGGAAGCAAUAAGAGGAACGGCCAAAUGGUCAGACAGAUAUAUAGCAUUUACCAACUAUGAUCUUCAAAUACUUGAUGUAAACACCGAUAGACCUGAAGUUUUAGCAAAGGUUUUUGCUUUGAUUUCUGCAAAGGAAGACAACAAACAGAAGAAGUUCUACAGGAAAAGUAAAGGACAAGAGAAGAUGUAUCAGACCAGUUUUAUAUUUGAAGUAAAUGUUCAGUCAGGUGCUUAUGAAACACUGUUGAUAGAUGAUCUAAAGGAAAUGGAUGAAAAAUAUCUACGCAAUAAGGAGUGGAAGCCAGGAUUUGAGGAGUGUGCAUUGUUAAGGCGGCAUGGAUAUAUUCCACAGUCUUCAAGAAGUGUACAUGUUCUUUCCAACGAGUCUGUGUUCAAAGGUAAAUCAUUACAGAUGAUUCUUUUUCCUGAGCAGUACACAGCAAUUAUCCUGUAGAAAUAGGGACAGCCAUUAUCCUGUAGAAAUAUGAACAGAAAUGUUACUGUGAAAAUGUUAACGGCAAAUAUACUGUAGAAAUAUGGACAGCCAUUAUUCUGUACAAAUAUGAACAGAAAUUUUACUGUAGAAAUGUAAUCAGCAAGCAAUAGUCCUCAAGAAAUAUGAACGGUAAUAAUGAAGAAAUUUUGGCAUGAAUUUCAUGUACAGAUGAAUGGAAAGUUGUCAGCCAAAACUGCCUGUUCUUUAAAGAAAUAAGAAAAAUCAUAAACUUUAGCUUCAUUUAUAGCUGAAUCCAAUUUAUUGUUGUGUUGGUCGUAAUUCUUGAUAUAGUGCGACAAUUUUAAAAGUUGUAAUUUUUAGUGACUUGUGUAAAAAACUAUUUAAUAAAACGAAGAAAUCGC